AUGUCGCCUGUGCUCAUCAGGAUCCAUUGUACUGCACUGCCCUCUUCAGCGUUUGCCUACAUUUCCAAGCCCAAGACAGCCUACCAGCCUAACACCCCGUACACCCAUUACAACGCAAUUAUGACUGCUGCAGUUAACAAGGGCUUUACCGGUGGCAUAUGCGAUGGAAGUCCCUCGCAGAACACGCAAGUAUUCACCGAGCACUGGAACGCUAUGGGUUACAAGUCGCUUCGUGACAUGACUGACCCCAUCGCCACAGAAUAG